UUUCUGGUUUGACAAUCACUAUUCGAACGUUAUGACAACCGACUCAGAGCCAUCUCUCCCCAGAGACCUGCCUCUCCGUCUGAAGAAAGCAGACUCUCAUGGAGGAGAAGCUGGAAAGCCCAUUGUGACCGCUGUUGAGGACAUCGGUGAGAGUGUCGAUGAGGCGGGUGAGCGCAAUCGUCAGGUUUUGAAUGAGGCUUCGAGUGAUGUGAACGAGAACGAGCAUCAGGGCGAAGGCCAACAAACUGCAGAGGUUGAACUGGUGCUGCCGGAACCGAAGAAGAAGAAGAGAAGCAAGAAGCCCAAGAGCAAGCGAGGAAAGAACAAGCCCACCGGAUUCGAAGAGUACUAUGUCGACCCUCCUAUCACUCUUCAGGAGCACCAAGAGGAGAAGGAAAUCUACGACGUCUCUCGCCCUCUUUUACAUCGGAUCGAGCUCGCCAUUCUUCGCUUCCAGAAGAAGCGUCGCAUUGAAACUGAGAGGCGGGAGGUCUUCCUCAAGUAUCUGGCAUAUGGAGGUGUGGACGUCUCGCCCAGGAUGUUUGGGGGAGUCGAUAACCGCGACCUUCAAGAGAUGGACAAGGACGAGAUUCUCGUUGCUACGGGACAGGCCAGCAUUGACCGUGAUCGGAUAGAUCUUCCUAUCGACUUUGACGCUGUCGUUCGAGGAUACCUGACAUCUUUCUUUCCGUACUUUUUCAAUCCCGAUACCGAAGACAUGGUGAAGCUAGCCACGGUCACGAUCCGCAACUUCUUGACAUACCUUCUCUACCACGACGUGUGUCCAGAGUAUAAAGAGAACAUAGACCAGGCCCGUACCUCGUGCGAUAUUGCGGGCAAGGAACUCUGGAAGAACCAGCAGUUUACCGCCAAAGGUCCCGGGGAUUUCAAUACUGCCUGCUCGGCACUGUUCGGCGGCUACUUUUACGAUAUGUACGCAGUAGAGGAUGAGUGGGAGAAUCCCAAGGAUGAGGCCACCCGCAUGAACAGUGCCGUCGCGCGUAAGGUCGUCAAGUUCGCCAUCGCGGGCGCUGGAUCAGACGAGCAGGCCGGGCAGUUCCAGGCUCUCGCCAACGCAGACUCGCUGCGUGCGACUCACGUCAAGGACAUUGACGGCUUCGAGGUCAUCUCCCUCAACGUUCCAGAUGCCGACACGCUUGCCUUUUACGGCGUCCAUGCCUCGGAUCUGCAGCCAGUCGGUAGGGUGCACGCCCGUGCAUACCGCGACCCAGGCAAGCCGCGGAUCGAUCUCUCGCCUGAAGAAAAGCGCGAGUGGGAAGAGCAGAGCAGUGGCGUCCAGAAUCUCCAGGAAUUCGACUUCUUCCUUGAGGAGGAUCUUCUCCGUCUGUGCUAUCCGGGCAUGAAGGUAAUCACCUCCAUUUGGGAACUGAACUGCGGCCUUUUCUUCUUUGAUGAGGUCUUUACGGCGUACUCCUCUAUUUAUACUGUGCUGGCCAAUGACCUCAUGCUAGGUUGGAAGAAGCCUAGAGAUUUGGUUGCUGAGAGUGAAGAGGCAGAGGCAGAGGCAGAGAAUGAGAGUGCAGAGAGAGAGGGCGCCGAGCCAGUCAACACGGAUUACAUGUAG